AAUAUCAAUUCAAGUAGUGUUUGGCGCGGUGAUAAGGGUAGGUAUCUAAGGUCGUUUGAUCACGAUGUUUUUAUUGUUUCAUCUAUUAGUCGCUCGACAGAUAUUGAACAUUAAUCACGCUUGUUUCGUUAAUAAGAAAGAAAUAAUUUCCGUACACAACCAGAAUGUCUAAUGUUUCAUUGGAUGAUAAAACUAUGGCAAGGCAAAACGGAAUCGUUCAACCUCUGCUAACUGAUCUUUAUCAAAUAACAAUGGCAUAUGCAUAUUGGAAAUCUGGUAAAGUAAAUGAUGUUGCUGUCUUUGACCUAUUUUUUCGCACAAACCCAUUCCAAGGAGAAUUUACUAUAUUUGCGGGCCUUGAAGAAUGCUUAAAGUUUUUACAGAAUUUUCAUUAUUCUGAAAGUGAUAUAGACUACUUGAGGCAAACAUUGCCAUCAACAAUAGAGUCUGCAUUUUUUGAUUACUUAAAAGAUUUAACCUGUAAGGAUAUCAUUUUAAGUGCGAUUGAAGAAGGGUCUGUUGCAUUUCCAAGAGUCCCAUUAUUAAGAGUCGAAGGCCCGCUGAUAAUCGCUCAGUUGUUAGAGACAACUCUUUUGACCCUGGUUAAUUUUGCAAGUCUUAUGUCUACAAAUGCAGCUCGCUACAGAAUGUUUGCUGGCAAACAUAUUUCUUUAUUAGAAUUUGGACUCAGAAGGGCACAGGGACCGGAUGGAGGACUUUCAGCAUCGAAAUAUUCGUAUAUUGGGGGUUUCGAUGGUACGAGCAACGUCUUAGCGGGCAAGAUGUUCAAUAUCCCCGUAAAGGGGACGCAUGCACACUCGUUCGUGACGUCAUUCAGUACACUUGAUGACAUACAAUGCGUUACAUUGCCACACGCCGAAACACAAGAGCAAUGUAAUCUUCUAGAGAAAUCUUUAGAUUGGCGUAACAGGCUCUCGCUAAUAUUGGACGCGUCUCCCGAAGAAGCUAGCGACGGAGAGCUGGCUGCUUUGAUAUCGUAUGCACGAGCGUUUCCUUCGGGUUUCCUCGCGCUGGUCGAUACCUACGACGUGAAGAGGUACCGCUUUGAUGGCUUGCACAGGCAACAUAUGAAUGGGCAUUCCGGCUACAAUAGCAACUGUGGAACCAAUGGUAUUACACCGGCUAUCCGUAGUAGAUGUGGAUACACGGUCGAACGCACACUGAGGAGCGGUUUACUGAACUUUUGCGCUGUUGCAUUGGCAUUACACGAGUGCGGAUAUACAGCUGUAGGGAUUCGAAUCGACAGUGGUGAUUUGGCAUACCUCUCAGUAUUAGCGAGAGAUACCUUCAAGAAAAUAGCUGACACUUUCGCCCUGCCAUGGUUCGCUAAGCUGACAAUCGUCGCCUCAAAUGAUAUAAAUGAAGACACGAUAUUGAGUCUUCAUGAGCAAGGUCAUGCAAUUGACUGUUUUGGUAUCGGAACACAUUUAGUUACAUGCCAGCGUCAGCCAGCCUUGGGAUGUGUCUACAAGUUGGUAGAAAUAAAUGGACAGCCACGGAUCAAGCUCAGCCAAGAUGUCGGAAAAGUAACAAUUCCCGGUCACAAAAAGGCGUACAGAUUAUUCGGUGCGGAUGGUCACGCGCUGAUAGAUCUAUUGCAACGUUCGUCGGAAGCGGCGCCUGAGGUCGGGCAGAAAGUACUCUGUCGUCAUCCCUUCCAAGAAUCCAAGAGGGCCUACGUUAUACCCAGUAAAGUCGAACAUCUUUAUAAGAUAUACUGGAAAGACGGACAGAUCACCACCGCACCAAAGCCGCUGUCCGAAGUUCGUGAAAGAGUUCAGGCGUCGCUAAGAACUCUACGUCAGGAUAUCAAGAGAAAUUUGAAUCCUACGCCAUAUAAGGUCGCAGUAAGCGAUGACCUCUACAGUUUCAUUCACGACUUGUGGCUACAAAACGCACCGAUCGGUGAAUUAUCCUGAAGUACAUCCAAAACGGAAUUCAACCGGAAUAAAACACGUAAACGUUAACUUUUUAAAAUGGUGUAUUUAGUAGACAUUUUAUCUACCAAGUAAGCGGUUAUAGGCUCGGUUUCUAUAUGAAACUUACAGAUGACCGUUAUAAAAUGUUAAUACACGUUUACUGUACCAAACUGACAUUUAAAAUAUCUGUUUGACAGUUUAAUAAUGACAUAGUCAACCGUGACAAUGCCAGUUGUAAACUGUCACAUUAUUAGUUAAAAUGAUUUUUUAUCCAUUUCAUUAUUUUACUCUCAAGUAAAAAAGGAACAAAUAUUUUUUGGUGAUUUUAAUCAACUUUAUAUAGGUUUUAAUUUGUAAGUAAAAUUUAAAAAUCAUGUACAUUUUUAAUUAUUUUAGGAAUAACUAUUAGGGACCUUUGAAACUAAACACUGCAUUUAAAGUAGCGAUAGACGGUAAAAAUCGAAGUACAGUUAAAAAAAGAAAAAUAUGAUAUGCAGUAUUUAAUCUAACUUAACUAAUAUGGAGAAUAAUUUAACUUAUUG